CGUCCAGCAACGAUGACCGACCACUCAAGCGACAACGCCUUUUACGUGGUCGUGACCGGAGCCAACAGUGGCAUAGGCUUCGCGAUUUGUUGCCGCCUCAUCGAUGAAUUCCUCCAAACCCGCCCGCAGUCCCAGACCCUCGUCUUGAUCCCUACGACGCGAAGCAAGCGCAAGGGCGAUGAGACCGUCAAGCAAUUGGAGGCGCACCUCCGCAAAGCCUCUCUCAAGGCCGAGAAGAGUGUGCCCGGAAUCAGCAUGCUGUUCGCAAGGCGGGUUCGUUUCCAGACGGAAAUCCUUGACCUGACAUCCAUUGUCUCGGUGCAACAAUGCAGCACAAGGCUACGAAACAAUAUUUCGAAGAUUGAUGCUAUGAUUUUCAACGCGGGCAUGGGUGGUUGGACGGGCGUCAACUGGCCCUGGGCAGUCUACAGCAUGUUGACGGACUGGGUGAAUGCCAACACCUGGCCAAUCGGCGUGAAAAAAGCGACUGUCGGGCUGCUCGCUGAGCCUCAAGGGCAUGCCGUCAGCAAUGGUAGUGCCAAUGGUAGUGCCAAUGGCACGGCAUCAGUACAGCCUAAAUCCGACGAACCACCCCUCGGACAGGUGUUCUGCGCCAACACCUUUGGCCACUAUCUUCUUGGCCACUACUGUGCGCCCCUCCUCUCAGCCGCUCGGCCGAACAGUGGGCGUCUGAUCUGGAUAUCCAGCCUUGAGGCUUACGAGUCGGAUUUCUCACUCUCCGAUUUCCAGGGCCUGGCCAGCUUAGUGCCGUACGAAUCUUCGAAACGUCUGACCGAUCUUCUGGCGUUGACUUGUGAUUUGCCGUCUACCCGGCCUUGGACAUCACCGUAUUUCCAGAACAAGGAGCAAGAGAAGAAGGAAGCGGAAGAAGAGAUCGCAGAUGCUCUUCCCCGCAUGUAUCUUUCGCAUCCCGGCAUUGUCAGCACCGGCAUCUUUCCUCUUCCUUUCCCCUGGUUGAUGACCUAUCUCUGGAUGUUUGCAGCAUAUGUUGCACGCUGGCUAGGCUCGCCCUGGCAUCCCGUCCGGCCAUAUCCUGCGGCCGUUGCUCCUGUCUGGCUCGCGCUCGCUGAACAGUCCACUCUUGAUGACGCAGAACAGAGAGACGGCAAGGGGAAAUGGGGCAGUUCGACGGAUUGGGCAGGCCAUGAAAGGGUUUUGAGGACUGAGGUUGAGGGAUGGGGCUUUGGUGGCGUUGUGGGUGAUGCGAAGGGCAGGAAGGGUAGGAGAAAGGGUGCCAAAGACCUGAAGGAAGGCGAUAGGGAGGAGUUUGAGGAGAUGGGAAGGCACUGCUGGAAAGAGAUGGAGGAUCUAAGGGUGCAGUGGGAGAACAGAGUAGGAAGACAGGCGUGAGGUACAUGCGGUGGACUGACAAGGCCAAUAUACAAGCCCGGAUAAGGUAAUGCGAUGCUAAUAGAAACUAGACUUUAUUGAAUGCUAUGUAUAAUAAAUUUGUAUGUAUAAGUGCUAGAAACAGAUCAAUUUGACUCAUUGAAGCGGU